AUGAUACCCAGCUGGGUAUCCCCAAACAACCCAUUGAAUUAUACAAUCAUACACAAGAUGGCGAUGUCUUAUUGGACUUGGCACAAAAGAUCUAUAACUGUUAAACUUAGAAAUCAACCAGACCAACAGUACUUGGAAAUAGUUAAAGUUAUAAAGAAGCAAAGGUUUAUUGGAGACUUUAAUAGUUUGGAGGGAGUAUACUCUAUCCCUGAAGACUCUUUUUCAAAGUCUAUCCAAGGUGAUAGAUUUGCAUUCCAAAAUGACAAGCAAGUCAAGAUUGUAAUUAGAGACAUAUCAAAAAAGCUAGAAGACUUUAUUUGUUCUUCUUUCAGAGAUCGAAAAAGAGAAGUGUAUAUACAAGGUCCACAAGGAUUCGGGAAAUCACAUUCAAUCUAUCAAGUGGUGUAUAGGCUACGACUGAAUCCCAAAAACAUCGUCGUCUAUAUCCCUGAUUGCCUGGGAUGGGCAAGAUCAAUAAAUGCCUAUACAUUCUUGAUAUCUUCAAUGGUUAAUGCUGUCUCAUUUGUCCAAGAUGAAGAAGACUUGGUUACAUUCUCUCAAUUUUUACGUAACCAGACAAUUCCACAAUCGCUUGGUCCAUUGAAAUACCUCAUUUCGGAUGCAUUUAAAUCGUGGUCUGAAAAGGGGUAUCAAGUGUGUUGGUUCUUUGAUCAAUACAAUGGGCUGACGGAAUCACAAAGAUCAGAGUCACCUUAUUGCAUCAUUGAAGGCUAUCUUGGUGGAGCUAUGGAAACAUAUGGCCUGUUGGUUGCAGUUUCUUCUUCAUCAUCUGCAAAUAACCACUAUUUUCUCAAAUCGGCUCUGAAAGGAUAUUGUCCUGUUUUUGAAUUUAAUGAUGGCUUCACCAAAGAAGAGUGUUUAACAUACUUGAAUAUAAAUAAUGUUUCUGUAUCUGAUGAAAACUUUGAGCUCAUCAAUCUUUAUACAAACCUUAUUCCUCCAUCUCGACAGUUGGGAGGACCUUAUUCCUUUAAAAACUACGACAACAAUGAUCAUCUCAUCAAUUCACUUGAUAAAUUCAAACACAAAAGAGCAAAAGAAAUAGGAUUAUUAGACCAUUUUUAUUGCAAAGAGGGUUUAGAUCUAAAUCCAAUCGAAAAAAAAGAAUUUAUUAAAUCAAUAAUGGCAAUGAUAUUAAAGACUCCUAUUCGACCACCACACAAAUAG